UUCACACCACUUAUUCUUCCCCCUCCUUGGAGAAUUUUCGAGUCAGUCUGUAUGACUGGUGGUACAGUUUUUUUGAAUUUGCUUGUCCGCUGUCUCGGUAACUUGGAGGCCUUCGAUGCAAGACAAUUGCCGUCUGUGAUACAAUUACUAGACAAGUACCUGGCGGUCUGGUCCUACUCUUUCUCCUUGUAUUUUCCCGCUGCCCAAAUCUGGUCGUAAUUUAGUCAAUGC